UCACAUUAGUACGUGACGGUCUUGUGGUUUGGUGUGCUGCGCACGGUCAACGCCUUUUUCAGCACUCUCGGUUCAAGGAUUCUAGUUCAGUUGUAAACCUAUAUAAGUGCGAUUCUGGAAUUGAUUCGAGAUCAAUGAGUGUCUCUGAUAUCAAGAUGAAGUACCUUUUGGUAGCUUAUUUUGCCGUGGUGGCCCAGUGCUGCCUGUUUGCUGCAGCCGCACACGCCCACGGGGACCCCGACUCGGUUCUCGAAGCAGCUCUCCGUCCGUUGUAUAGUCAACUGGACGUCUUUCGAGAGCAACUCGACGCGGUCAAAUUGCUUGUCCAUGUACCCUGCAAGAAAGAUGUCUUGGAGUGCUCUGAGGUGGGACCCCUUGGGAUGGAAGAUGGACGCAUCCCAGAUGCAAGCAUCACAGCGUCGUCAAUGUGGAACAACCAGGCCAAUCACGGACCCACCAGGGCUCGGCUUAACCAUGAAAUCACGGACGCGGCCUCAGCCGCAGCCUGGUGUAUUGCUGUACCCAACGAAACCGAUCCAUGGAUCCAAGUCGACUUCAGUUGCAGUGUCAUCAUCACUGGCGUUAUCACCCAGGGGCGUGGGGAUAGGAGCUAUGACCAAUGGGUGACAGAGUUCAAAGUCGCCUACAGCGACGAUGGCCAAGAAUGGACCGACGUCACUAAUGAUGGAUCAUGUACCCCGACGAAGUUCCCUGGUAACUCGGACAAAAACACACAAGUGACCACCACUUUCCCAAAGGCCUUCAAAGCCAGGUUCCUGCGUAUCCUGCCUACUCAGUACGAACUAGCCUGCUGUAUGCGCUUUGAGGUCCUCGGCUACAGAAUCCAGGAGUAAAUCCAAUAAUAGCUUGGGAAACCCCAGCUCUAAUGCUCAUUGGAAAUUUAUUAAUUGGGACUGGGGGAUCUUUGUCAUAUAGAUAUGUAGAUGUAUAAUUUCAGAAGGUUUGAGGCAAACGUGGAUUUUUUUACUCUCCCAUAAACAAUUAUGUCACAAGAGAUCAAGAUAAAACUUACCAAGCAAAAUUACUAUGCAGCAAUCGUUCAUGAAAUUAACACACGAUAUUACCAUAAAAAAUGUUGAACAGUAAUUUAAAUGUCGGAAACAAAA